UGCUCAGCUUCACAAUUGCUACGAAAAUAUGAAGAAGCUACGUACACUCAUCAUCGACUGUAAAAGGAUUGCUCUGAAUUCAUUCCCUCAGAUGCUCCAAAACUUGAAGUUGCUCAGAGUUUUGGUGUUGGAACGGUUACCUGAUGGUAUGGAGGAACUGCCCAAUGAGGUUGGGGAUCUAAUUCAUCUUAGGUACUUAGAUCUGUUUGUUAAUUGGAAGAUUAGACAUCUCCCUGAUUCUUUGGGAAGAUUGCACAAUCUACAGACAUUGGAUUUAAGUAGUUCUUCAGUGGAGAGUUUGCCUAAAUCCGUAUCAAAGCUUAAGCAGCUGAGACAUCUCAUUGGAAGUUAUGAAUUACAAGUGCCAGAUAUUGUAUUCACAUUUUCUCAUCUUCAAACAUUAUCUGGCAUACUGAUUAAUACCAUCCAAGCAAGAGAAUUAGUAAAUAUCCCACAACUCACUGAGUUGAAUAUUAUUUUCAAGGAAGGAGAGGAAUGCUGGAGAGCAAUUUGUGAUUCUGUCAAAAAAAUGACAAAUCUUCACUCUCUAACUCUUAGAAGUGAUGAUGAAUUACAAGAAGUUAUAAAUUUCUCACUGCCCCUUUCGCUCGAGUAUCUCGAGCUCUCUAGUUUUGGGAAAUUGGUAAAUUUUAUUAGCACUUCGCAUAAUUUAUAUAGAUGACUGUGGUGUAGAUGGAGAUUUCUUCAAUAGUUUGGAGAAAUUGCCAAGCCUGUUGAAUCUCUACAUUGACAGUUAUAGUGGAGGCCAGUUAUUGUGCAGUGAAGGGAGCUUUCCAAAACUCAAGGAGCUAGUGAUAGUGUGCGAGAAGCUUACCAAGUGGGAAAUAGGAAAAUGAGCUAUGACAUGUCUUGAGUCACUAUCUAUGGAUGAGUGCAAAUGUCUAGAAAUGCUUCCAGAAGGCUUGAGAGAAGUUGAGCAUUUGAAGCAAUUGCAUCUAUCCUGCCCAUCUCAACAACUUGUUCAAAGAAUAAGUGUUGAAGGAUCAGAUCGAUGGAAGAUUGAACAUAUACUAAGAGUUACUAUUGGACACAAUUAUAGUGAAGAGCCUUAUCUAUUAAAUUAAAAAUAUUAUUCACAAAGAAAGAUUACUAGCUUUUAUUGUUUUUACGCUUUGAUGUUGUUUUUCAAGUCUUCCAAUCUCUUGUGGUUGUCAUUGUUGGCUUGUUGAUUUUUUUUCUUUUUUACUUUUUUGUGUUUAAAUAAUCAAUUUUUAUCUUUUUGUAUUUGUACAUUAUUUCAUUAGUUGUAUGAGCUCAUGCCUCAUUGUAUGAUAUAUACAUCACACUUAGUAAUUAUCAUAAAAAAUUUAUAAA